AUGCAUUCAUUUUCUGUGCGAAAUUAUAUCUUAGGAUUUAAAAAUAAAGAACAAACAAAUCGAGUCGUUUUAUGUUUCGAAGAAAAAGCAUCUAACGAAUUAAGAACGAAUGCAUUAAGUAGUGUUCGAUAUGUUGAAGUUUGUCUUCCGAGUUGUCAUGAUGGUUACAACAAAGCAAAUCAUAUUGGUAAACAUCUUGUGCCUUUUCUUAGCACAUAUAUGCCUCGUUUACAAACAUUACGUCUUUGGCGAUCAGAUGAUUUUCUUUGGACAUCUAGUAAGUUUAUUUUAAGCAAACAAAACUAA